AUGGGUAAUCAACAGCAAACAGGUCGUAUUCGUAGCGAUACCUAUACACGAUACGAGCGAGAUGGCGAAGAUGGUCGUUUUGUCACUCUUGACAAUGAGUCAAUAAUGAAUAGUAAUCUAUCAUCAUUUGACGAACGAAUCUCAUCAAGACAAAACUCAAGUUUACCGAUACGUAUACGUCAGCGUCAAAUGCAACAACAUCAUACACAACAAGCUGUAAAUACAGACAUACAAAAUGAAAAAAAAACAAUACCAGUUGUUUUCAAAUAUCCAGCUUCACCAAAAGAUAAAGAAGCUUUAUUAUUCGGUUCAUUUACUAAUUGGAAAGAAACAAUAGCAAUGGUUAAAAGUGAUAAUGAUUUUGUUGCUAUUCUGGAAUUACCCGAAGGUAAACAUGAAUAUAAAUUCAUUAUUGAUGGCCGAUGGGAAUAUGAUUUAAACGAGCCAUCAGUAGAAGAUGGUCAAAAUGGUCGUAGUAAUGUUGUUACUGUAAAAAAAAGUGAUUUUGAAGUUAUGGAAGCACUUACAUCGGAUUCUAUUUUAGCUAAUACUCAAAGCUCAAAUUCAAAUAAACAAAAAGCUAAUGAUCCUCAAAUGGCUCGUUCACCACCUGGUCUUUAUGAUCAAACUUGGCCACCAACAAGUCGCGAAGAAUUUCCACCGGGAGAUAAACCACCAGUUUUACCACCACAUCUUCUCAAUAUUAUUCUUAAUAAAGAUACAUCUGCUCAUUAUGAACCUGCCUUAUUACCUGAACCAAAUCAUGUUAUGUUAAAACAUCUUUAUGCAUUAUCGAUUCGCGAUGGUGUAAUGGUAUUAAGUACAACAGCUCGUUAUAAACAAAAAUUUGUCACAACGUGUUUUUACAAACCGACAGGCAAAUAA